AGAUCGUCUUCGUCCCAGUCAAGCAAAAUACACACAGAGACUCGGCUGUUUGUAUUGCAAGAAUGGAUACGAGCUAACGACCUGGAGCUAAUGCUUUGUUAAUUACCAGAAAGACGCGGUGAGAUUGUCAAAUAUAUCACCAAGUAUCACUCAAAACAUUUGGUUCCUUUUUCGGACUGUCGAAAUACCUGUUUGUAGACAGCGAUGGGAGGACUGGGAAACGGGCGUCGUGGAGGGAGAUCGCCACCUCUGAUGAUUGCCGCUCUAAUCGCCUGUAUCUUGGUUCUGGGCUUCAACUACUGGGUGUCAAGUUCCCGCAACCUGGAGCUACAAACUAAGCUCUAUGAACUGGAGGGCCAGGUGCGACGUGGUGCAGCAGAGCGUGGAGCAGCAGAGUUGAAGAAGAAUGAGUUCCAGGGGGAGAUCCAGAGACAGAAGGAGCAGAUCAGCCACAUAGAAAACGCCUACAAGAGGCAGCUGGAGGGGGCCCAGGACACCUGCAUCCAAGAAAAGGCCACACUGCAACAAAACAUUUCCUCCAGUACCAAAACCAUACAGGAACUCAAAGGUCAGCUGAAUCAGCUCAAUGAUGACUUGGGGAAGCUUCAGAAGGAGCUGCAGAGUUGCCAAGGCAACAUCAACACCCUGAACAACAAACUCACCUAUGACAUGACCCACUGUCACUCCCAGGUCCUGUCCCAGAAGGAGCUGUGUGAUGAAAGAGUGGCUGCUGCUAAACUUGAAUUUCAGAAGAAAAUGGAGAAGCUCGUCCCUCCUCCAGGUGCCUCCUCGCAGCAGGAACGUGCAGUGGAUGGAGCAGUAAAAGAAGGCAAACCAGUUAAAGCUGCGCCGGAUGGACUUCAACCAGCCACUGUUGUAAGCCACAUACCAGGCCUCUCUGAGCCCAAAGGAAAUGAACCAGCUGAACUCCUGACCAAUGACAUCAUCGUGGACAAAGUUCCUGAUGCUCCAGUGGAACUGCCCCGAACAAAGGUUCUCUCCAAAGCAGAGUCCGAUCCCUCAGCUGCUGCAGUCAAGCAGGACGUUUUGCCACAAGAGGGAGCUGUCAAAACAGAUGAGAGCGACGGGGAGACCAUUAAACUUCUGAAGAAUAAUCUGACUGAGGACAAAGACAUGGAGGUGAUGGAUGCUCAUGAAGAGGGUGCUCAGACAGAAGAAGCAGACCCUGGAAUGGAAGGCAUGCUGAUUGGUCAAGGGAAAGCGGAUGAGACUCCUAAUGAUCAGAAAAUUGAGGAACCAGAUGAGUACGACGCAGAUGAGCAAGUAGUGGGCGGAGUCGAUUUGGAGAAACAACAGCAGAAUAAACAGGCUGAGAAUAUAGACAAGGACAUGGAGGAGGAGCUGGCUGACUACAAUGGGGAUGACGAGAAUGAAGGGGAGUUUGAAGCAGACAAACAAGCUGAGCUGGCUCAAAUCUAAGGACUGGAGUUGGAGAAGGAUCCUUCACACCACAGUAGAAACCAGGACCUAUUUUACACAACAACAACAACAACAACAACAACAUGCAGGUUAAUGCAACCAGGAAACCACACUGAACAAAAAACAAAUGGGAGUUUUUCUUAUAUCAAAGACUUGCUGGGUGAUCAGUUUUAGCCUUUACUCACUGAUAUGACAUUUAUUUGUCAUUUUAAUUGGAAUCGAUAUUUUCUCAUCACCUUCUAUUUAGUACGAGCAGAGAAUUGCGAGCCACGGCUUAAGAUGCUCAAGACUUUGACGCCAGUUGGAUUGAAAAAUCGAACACCUCAUCACGUCUGGAAAAUCUGUACAUUUUGAUGACGUGCUGACAUGUGUUCACUACUUAACGGCUGUGUGUUGAAUUACGUGCAGACCCUUAUAGGGUUACGAGGUGUGAAAUACUAUAACAAGUGUAGAAGAUGUGAGCGAUCCCAUCGACAGAGCGGCUCUGCAGCACAGGCCUCCUCUCUCUCAGAGGCUCGGCAGCAUCUUAAAGCCUUAAGUUCUCCUCGACAAAGUCUCUUUAGUUUUCGGGUCACUGGUCUACUAUCUGUUCAGUUGAGAAUUUCCACGGCCGCAGAAAUGUGCUGUAACUUUUGGUGAUAUCGCUGAGUCCGGUUGUGUUAUUUUAAAGCUAAACCCAGUCAAAUGGACGAAUUAAAACUUGCUUUGAAUUCCAUGUUGCCAUAAAUGCUGUAAAGACUGGCUUAAUGAACACAUAACCGACGGACAAAUCCACCCUCUAGAUCCUGUGCUGUCAGGUUUUAAACAUAUUAUAUCGUUGCUGGAACAGAACUUUUGAUUAAUGUCCAAUCAUUUUUGAAGAUGAAUUGUUUUGGCAUUUUAGUGGCUUUCAUUCUGAGCUGUAUGUCAGACCAUAAAGAAUCACAUGCGUUCUACAUUUAGGAUUUGUAAGGCAGGGAGAUAGUUUAUUGUGAAAGGAACAGAGAAUAUUCGUAGAUGAGCAGUCUUAGUAGUCGUAGUAUUUUGACGCAUGCCUUAUUAAUUCCGUACACUCCAUCUUCCCCUUGAUGGUCAGGUGCUUCCAUCACAGUGGAGGUAGGAUGUUGAGCCGUGUUACAUGUUUACAGAUCUUUCGACCUGCUCAGUUUGUGGUUUGUGGAUGCUGAUCUCCGGUCUGCUGAACCAAAUUUUUUUUUUGUAGAGGAGGUGGUCUGAGAAUCGCUGUGACGUUAUGAAGGAAAAUUCCUCGAAGCAGGAACAACGGGUCGUGCUUCACGGCCGCCGAAAACCAGUCGGUGUGAACUAAUCGGUAGCUAAAAUGUGUUUGAGGGGUCAAAGGAAAUCUGCACUAAACUGGAAAUUAUUGGGGACGGUGCAAACGGUAGCUGAACGUAGAUAUCAGAAGUAGUUGAAUUUCGUGGCGGGGGUUUUGUUGCCUUGUGUUUUUUAUACAGGACAUUUAUUUUGCAGCUCAGGUGCUCUGCUCUAUGUAGAAGUGGAGGAUCUGGCUGCUCACCCACUGUGCUGUUGUUGUAAUCUCUAUUAUUUUCAUAAUGCUUUGGUUAUCAUUCCAGGAGUUCUGCAUCAUAUAUUAGAAAGUUAUCACCCUGGACCGCUGUUAUUUGCCUAUCUGAAACCUGUCUUGGUGAAAGUUGGUUACGGCACAAUGGCUGUGUUUUACUAUCAAAAGUUCCCUCUUUCAUCUAGCCAGGCCUAAUUUGAAUUACUGAAAACUCUAGUAUUCGUUUCAUUCUUUUAAGGUUGAGGUUUCGUUCUUCACUGUCAGAUCUGUGACAGUUUGGCUGCCUGACUUUAUUCAGUUCCACAAACCUGUUUUAUAUAGAUCCUGUGGUUUCAUAUGCAGUUUUCUUUAAAUGCAUACAACCUACAGAGUUUCUCUUUCGGCGAAGCCACAAAGACAACUUGACUUCCGCUCAUUAACAUUCGCUUCAGUGACGUACAGAAUGUGUUGGCAACUUUCUGCUUCAAGUUUGUUUUUACUCGACUAUUCGAGCUAAAUGUCAUUCUAUGUUUCUACAAAAUGCUGGACCACAUGUGAAGAGUCCGUUUAGUCCUUCAUCAAAACAACCGCUCCUUCGAGGAACUGAAAAAUUGUCAAACUUUUCAAAGAAGAGUUCAACUUUUAAGUUUUCACCCCCCAACCAGUAACAAGGUAAUUUAUUUUUUAUAAUUUAUAUUUUUUGUUUUGUUUUUUUAAGACUCCUGUACAUUUUUUUAGUCACAAUACCCAAACACAUACUGAAUGAAUGGGAGUGCUGAUGAAGGAUUGAUGCUCAGGUAACUAAGUACAUUUACUCAAGCACUUGAGUACAAAUUGGAGGUACAUGUACUUUACUUAAGUAUUUCCAUUUUGCUCUACUUCAGUUCUUUUUAAUCACAGAGACAAAUAUUGUACUUUUUGACUAGAUUUAACUGUUUUUUCCAAUUUUUCAUGUGAAAAAUCUCCAGUUGGGGUCAUUUUGAAUCUCCCACUUCUUAGGCUACUAUAAAUAAACAAUUUAAUAACGCUGUUGGAUUACCUAGAAAGGGCAGUGUUUGACUUUUUGAGCUGAGGUAUGAAGGUCUCACAGGAGAGUGAUGCCACCAACAUGAUGAUCUUAUAGAAUACGGUACUUUACUGUAAAUUAAACUAAAAAAAAAGUAGUUAGCGUUAUUUAAACCCUAACCUUAUACAGAAUAAGUGAUAUUAAUCCAAAAACACUGUCUGUAAUGAUAAUAAUAAAACAUUGACGAGAACCAUGGUGAGUACUUUAAUUUUCCUGAUCUGAUAAUCCAUACUUUUGCUAAAGUAACCCUUCAAAAUGUGAGGUUUUUACUUGUCGUGGAAUAUUUUCAUCGUGUACUUUUAUUGAAGGAUCUCUGUCACCACUGAGGGUUCUCAUUAGUCCUCCAGCAGCACUCCUAAAAUAACGAACAACAUCCCUUUUGUCUGCCUUUCUCACUUUAGCCCAUAUCACAGGAGACAUAUUUUACUGAUAUGCGUUUUUUUUUCUCCUUCCUCCGUAUAAUCUUAUUGCUGUUAUGUUGUGUUUGUCUGACACUGCGAAGCUUGGACAACUGCUGCUUUGUCUGCCUGUUUGUGUAAAAAGUCUCAUUUUCUGAACUAGAAUUUUGUUGACCUGGAGAGGAAAUGUUUCAUGAUUUUUGUAAGUUGAAUUAACUUUUUGUUUUUUCUUCUCUGUCGUUGAUUUGAUUUGUUAGAAUUUGUAUUUUAUUUAAUUCUGAACUGCUGAACAAAAUUGUGAAGGGUUUAAAUAAUCAUAGCCUUUAUUGACAAUAGAGAAUAAAGAUUGUUUUUAUUACCACUGUCA